AUGGGAGCUGGAUCUCUUAGAAAGGAGCAAGUCCACAUACAUUUAACAAACAUGGUCCUGUCGAUGAUAAGCUACAAAGGAAGAGUAUCUCCAACCACCAAGCUCUUACUUGGCUUUUUGUUCUCAACCGAUGCCCAACCAGGCUAUCAUGGGGAUUGCAAACGGACCACCGUUGUCUUCUAUGUGAAUCAAGAGACCACGUCUUCUUCCAGUGCAGCUACUCAUCGGCAGUUUGGAGCCCUUUUUCAGCGAUAUCAUCCACUCUCUAGGACUUGGACUGGUGGCCUUCUCACAACGGCUGGUAAAAAUCACUUCAAAUUUCUCUCUAGACUGGCUUGGCAAGCUUCAAUCUACGAGUUAUGGAAGGAGAGAACUGAUCGGAACUCCAAACGACCUCCGACUUCUCUUAUCAAUUCAAGACCAUUCGCAACACCAUCAAGAACCAUAAUCCGUCUGCUGCAAGCGAUUGUAUGCAGCUAUGGUUUUCUCUUGAUCCUGGAAAUUAAAUGGGAACUGGUUUCACGUCGGAUCGUGACGGAAUUAGGGAUUCUGGUUUCUCAGCAACGAAACUUCUUCAUCGAAUUUCAUUACAAGGAUAGUUACUAUUCAACGGAAAAUUGUUCUAGAAUCCUAAACUGA